UGGCUUAGUAGUGGUCUACCCGUUGAUGUUACCGGUGUGGCCUAAUCAUACUUGCUCCUCACGUCCACCUGGCCCUUACAACCUGCUCUGGGCUCCCCUGUGCGUGGCGUUGAGUGGCAAUAAAUACAGGGAAGUAGAAGAAAGACCACAUUUGCGUUGCUAAAGAAGGGUGACCACCAUGGCAACGACAGAGGCCACCUUGAACCUUACCGACAUCGCCAGCGGGUCGACUGGCGGGGGCCUGAACGUGGCUGGGCUGGUGGCAAUCAUUGUAUUCUACCUGAUCAUCCUGGGUAUCGGGCUGUGGGCGGCAUGGCGCAGGAAGGGCGAGGCCAGCACGGAGGAGGUGAUGCUGGCCGGCAGGGACAUUGGCAUCUUUGUUGGCAUCCUCACCAUGACAGCCACGUGGGUCGGUGGAGGAUACAUCAACGGGUCAGCUGAGGCAGUGUUCGCCAGCGGCCUUAUAUUCUGUCAGGCGCCCUUCGGUUACGCCAUCAGCCUCAGCUUGGGUGGUCUGUUCUUCGCGCGCAAGAUGAGGGACGCGCAGUACGUGACAAUGCUGGACCCGCUGCAGAACUGUUUCGGUCAGCGGUGGGGCGCGAUGCUGUACCUCCCUGCCCUGGCUGGAGAGACACUCUGGUCCGCCUCCAUCCUCUCCGCCCUUGGUUCCACGCUCGCCGUCAUCCUGGACAUCAACAACACGCUCUCCAUCAUCGUUUCUGCGGCAAUAGCGGUGGUGUACACGCUGUUCGGGGGCCUCUACUCCGUCGCCUACACUGAUGUGGUCCAGCUCUUCUGUAUCUUCAUCGGCCUGUGGAUCACGGUGCCCUUCGCCAUCGGCCACGAGGCGGUGUCGUCCCUGGCGCCCAGCGUGACAGACUGGGUUGGCUCCAUCCCCGCAGACACGCCCUGGGUCUGGGGGGAGUGGGCAGAUUACGCCGUGCUCCUCAUCUUCGGCGGCAUCCCCUGGCAGGUAUACUUCCAGCGGGUGUUGUCAGCGCGCUCCAGCAAACAGGCGCAGGUGCUCUCCUUCGCGGGCUCCAUUGGGUGUAUCAUAAUGGCCGUGCCCGCUUGCAUCAUUGGCGCCAUUGCGAAAGCCACUGACUGGGAGCAGGUUGGAUACACGAAGGACAUCACCCAGCAGAAGAAACUCGUGCUGCCUCUUGUGAUGCAGUACUUGACCCCACAGUGGGUCGCCUUCCUGGGUCUGGGGGCCGUCAGCGCUGCCGUCAUGUCCUCCGCUGACUCUUCCGUGCUCUCCGCCUCCUCUAUGUUCGCCAAUAACAUCUACAGGAAUGUGUUUCGCCGGAGCGCGAGUGAAAAGGAGGUGCUGUGGGUGAUGCGUGUGUCAGUAGUGGUCGUCGCUGUCUGCGCCUCCGCCAUCGCUAUUCAGGGGAACUCCAUCUACCAGCUGUUCUACCUGUGCGGUGACCUGGUGUUCGUGAUGCUCUUCCCACAACUGACCUUCGCCGUGCACUUCCCCGAGCGAGUCAACACCUACGGCUCCAUCGCGGCAUACCUGCUGGGCUUCCUCCUUCGCAUCUUGGGCGGGGAGAAGGUGCUCGGGGUGCCCGCUGUCAUCAGGUACCCUUACUACAUCGACGGGACUCAGUAUUUCCCCUUCAGAACACUCUCCAUGCUGGUCACCGCGGUCACUCUCAUCGGUGUCUCCUGGCUCACGCGGCGCCUCUACGACCUGGGCUACCUGCGUGACCCUCUGGAUGUGUUCGGCGACAGGAGCAUGGAAGUCACCGCCCUGCCGACGAAGCCCCGCCACCAGGACAACCCCAAAGGCAUCGACAAUCCGGCGCUGGAGAUGUCGAAUGGCCAGCACCGCCCGAUGGAGAUGGCUAGGUUUUAGUUGUAAAAUGUUAGAGUUUUUAAAGAUAAUAUAUGUAGGAACGUGUUCUCUCUCUCUCUCUCUCUCUCUCUCUCUCUCUCUCUCUCUCUCUCUCUCUCUCUCUCUCUCUCUCUCUCUCUCUCUCUCUCUCUCUUUUCCUUCCUGUCUUUCUUUUAUCAUUCAUGUUUUUUUUUUCUUCCUUCCUUUCUUUCUUUCUUUUAUCAUUCAGAGUUUGUGUGUGUGUGUGUGUGUGUGUGUGUGUGUGUGUGUGUGUGUGUGUGUGUGUGUGUGUGUGUGUGUGUGUGUGUGUGUGUGUGUGUGUGUCCAUCUUUUGUACUUUUAUACGUGAUGGAACAAAACAGGGAUUAUAUUGUAGAAUUUAUUCCAUAAUAUUAAGCAUAUACAGUAUAUAAAUGUAUUAAUGGUUAAGCGGUCUGAUCUUUUAAUGGCAAUCUGCUUUUCAAUAUGCAAUUAUAUUUUUUUUUCAUCAUUUCAUACCUCGUUGUACCUGUGAAAAAUAUAAAGUUUGAUAAUAGAUAGAUAGAGAAACAGGCACACAGACAGGCACAGACAGACAAAGAGAAAGACAGACAGACAGACAGAUAGACAGAUCAGCAAACAGACUGACAAACCUGUAGAUAGAUAUGUAGAUAGAUGAAAGGAUUAAGUAGAUAGACAGACAGACAGAAAGAUAGAUAGAUAAACAAACAGAAGAAUAGACACACAGACAGACAGAGAGCAGACACACAGACAGAUGUAUAGACUGAAAGAGAGAGAUAGCUAGUUAGAUAGAUAGAUAGAUAGAUAAAUUAAUUAAAAAAGUCAACAAACAAAUAUAUAUGAAAGCUAUUCUGUAUUUACUCAUUUUCAGUAGACAGAUUAAUUGACAGACGCAUAUAUUAUUUUAAAUGUACCCCUUUUUAAUACUGAAGUCAUUUUACACAUUUAUUUUCCCUCCUAUCUUUUAAAAUUUCCAGUCACUCUUCACUUUUGGGUCCCCGUCCGUAGGGUAUCUGUGUAGGAGGGGCGGCGGGUCAUUCUAUAUCACUUAGAAAUUUAUAUUCCUCAAGGAUAAUAUUUUGGUGAGGCGCGUGGGUGUCUGGGGGCAGGUGUGUAAUUAGCCAAGGGGUGAGCAGGUGUAUUGUGCGUCAUCUACAGCUCCACCUUGAUAUUUACCUGUCACACCUGAGCUCUUCACUUACCUGUCCCUCGCCCUUGACAUUGUGCAGGGAUUAAAAGACGGAGUGAAAAUGUAUUAUAAGUUUAUAUAUAUUUAUUUUUCAGUCAUCUUUUAUACAUUUUUCGUUUUUAACCGUUAUUGUUUACUUUAUCUUUUAUUACGGUCAACUUCCUAUUCUAUCAUGUUUGUUUCAGUCUUGAGUUAUUAUUUUGUGUAUUUCUGUUCUUUUUUUUUUCAGCACCGUAAUAUUUCCUGUUUUUUUUUUUUUUUUAUUUAUACAUAUAAAAAAAAAAUUAUCGACUCUGCAUAAUCUUGAUACGAGCAUUGUAAUAUGAGAAUUGUGGUUAUUGCGAUUCCUUCAUCCUCCAUUAGUGCUUUGCCAGCUGGGUGUGAGGCACACGUCAGUACAGAGCUGUCACCGUCCCUGGAGCAAGACUGUACUGAGCAGUGCCUACGUCCUGCUCCCGGGCGGACAGUAGAGACUGAUGGCAAAAUAAAUGUAAUCUCUUUUUC